AUUUCGAAAGAAUGAUAAUUUUUUGGCUCAUCGAAGAAAAAAUUUGUUUUGACAUUUUUUUUGUUUGUUUGGUAAAAUGAGAUGAUUUAAUCAUCAUCAAAAAUCAAAUUUCAUCAAAUCAUGGGUUCCAUAACGGAUGAAUGGUUAAAAGAUGUUGAAAGUAUUGAUGAAUUUGCCGAUCAACUAAUGCAUAAAAUUAAUCAACGUAAUCAAUAUCCAACAAAUACGCCGGCAUUUGCAAAGAGUGAUUUAUAUAUAAAAGAUUUAUUUCGAAAAUUUCAACGUAAAAUUGGUCAACUGCAAGAAACGCUAAAUCAAUUGGCAACAACAAAUAAAUUGUAUUCCUUUUUAUUUUUUGCACUUAGAACACAACGUGAAAAAGAACGCCGACAACGAUUAGUUGAUCAAUUUAAUGAUCGAUGUAAAAAAAUUGAAACAUUUUUACAGAAUCCUAGACAUUCCUCAUUGUUAAAUAAUUAUGAAUCAUCAUCAUCACAACAACAAGCACCAAUUGUUAGUUGGAAUGAUGGUUUAAAUGUAUCGGAUUCAACCACAAAUCGAUUUGAAAAUGUUUCCAAAAUGAAAGAAAUUCAACAAAAUUUGUUUAAAGAACAGGAUCAAAAUAUAGAUUCAUUGACCAAUGUUAUAACAAGACAAAAAUAUUUGGCACGUGAAAUUGAUUCUGAACUUACUGUACAAAAUGAAAUUUUGGAAGAUAUUGGUGAAGCAAUGGAUGAUAAUACUGAACGUUUACUUCGUAAUACACGGAAUAUUCGUUUUGUUACACGUGAAAGUGGUACAUGUGCAUAUUGGACAAUAAUUAUAUUAUUAUUGAUUGCCAUUUUGGUAGUCAGUAUUGUGCCUAAUUAACCAUUGAUAAAAAUUUUGUUAUUUACAAUUUUUUUUUGAUAAAAUUUACUUUGAUUUUUCUUCAACUUGAAAAAAGCUCAAAAAGUUAUGAAUGGGAAAACAGCAACAAAAUCAUUAUUUCAGCAUCGGAUUUUUUUUUGAAUUCGAUGUAAUACGGAGUUUUGUCUUUUUGCUUA